AUGAGGAAAAAGUUUUUUGUUAAAGUGUGGGCAGCCUCUUUCUUUAUCAUUGUAUGGACGGUAUGGAAAGAACGGAACUUCAGAAUUUUUCAAGCCUCAUCUUCCACUGUAAAGGAACUUCGUGACUUGGUGCUUCUCAGAAUGGGAUGGUGGAUUAGUGGAUGGGAGGAGGGGUUUCCAUACUCUCCGACGGACAUUCAAAGAAAUCUAUGGUGCUUGGAGUGGGAUGGUGUAUCUCGAGCAGCAGACUCCGCUAUCAUCAAGCCAUCAUACAUCCCAUGGUCUCCUCCAAUCAAAAAUGUUCUAAAAUGGAAUGUGGAUGCAUCCGUGGUCAUAUCCAGCUCAUGUGCAGCUAUCGGUGGAGUUCUGAGAAAUCAUGAAGGAAAGUUUGUGUGCCUCUUCUCGUCUCCCAUUCCAUAUAUGGAGAUAAAUUGUGCUGAGAUCCUUGCCAUACAUAGAGCUAUAUCCAUCUCUUCUCAUAGCAGCUUAACAAAAUCAGCGAGCCUUCUCCUAGAAUCGGAUUCCUCUAACGCAGUAAUCUGGUGUAACAAUGACAAUGGUGGUCCUUGGAAUAUGAAGUACUAUCUAAACUUCAUUAGAAGCUGCCGGAAGAAAAUGUUAAGCAUUGAGAUAACCCACAAAGGUCGAAGCUCCAAUUUUGUUGCGGAUUCUCUUGCCAAGCAAGGGCUUAGGCGUCAAGAUGAAUUCAUUGCGUGGCUAUAA